CGUGCAGCUCCCACUUCUUCAGUCUUAUGUGUUUUGUGCUGUCAGGUGGCUGUCACUAAGGAGAAUGAGAGAAGUUUUUGAUUUCCAAAAGUAUUUUUUAGUUUUUUAUAACCAAAUAAAAAUAUAUUUUUAGUCAUUUUUAUAAUAUCAAUAUUAAUUGUUUUAUCAAAAUGACUGAACAAAUAAUAGCUGAGCUGGAAAGCGCUGCAAACAUUAUUAUGGCUCCGCCAAACGUCGUGGCGAACGAACAAAGACAUGCAGCUGAAUGUAUCUUUUUAGAAUUCAGAAAAACCAAAUCACCUUAUAACAUAUGCCGAGAAAUACUUGAGAAAUCGCAAAACCAUUAUGUCAUGUUUGAGGCAGCAGAGGUGAUAAAGAGUGCAAUAAUUCGAGAGUGGGCAUUUUUACUUGACUCUGACAAAAUUUCAUUGAGGCAAUACUUAUUUGAGUAUAUAAUUACUCAUGAAACACCACCCUUUGUCAAAGAAAGGAUAUUGCAGGUCAUAGUGAUAAUGGUGAAAAGAGCUAGUAUUGAUGAUAAUGGAAGGGAAAGGGCAAACUUGCUCAGAGAAGUAGAAAGUCUCAUUGUUAAUUCUGAGCCGCAAAAGAAAAUAUUGGGUUGCAAUAUAAUCACACAUUUGAUGCAAGAGUAUGCAACUACAGUCAAAUCCACUGAUGUUGGUCUUCCAUGGGAGGUGCACUUCAAAGCAAAGAAACAGUUUGAAUCUACUGAUUUGAAAAGGAUCUUCCAGUUCUCCAUUUACCUCUUGACAGAGGUUGGUAAAGCUGGCACACCUUUUCCUGAGAACAUGGUAGUCCUCAUUGGGCAUCUGUUGAAAAUCCUGGAACGUGUGCUUACCUGGGGUUAUGUUUCACCAUUCCUCCCUAAAAGGUUAAUAGGCAUAUAUGAAGCUGUAUAUGAAGCUGAUGCUGCACCAGGUUUGAAAUUGCCAGCUUCAUGGGCAGAUUACAUCCUCAACCCUGACAUGGUUCCUUUGGUUUUCCAAAUAUAUUGGAAGGUUCGUGACAAUGAGCAACUAGCACAUACUGCACUAGCCUGCUUGGUACAGCUAGCUACUCUAAGUGGAAAAGUAAUGUCGCAUGAUGAAUCUCGAUUGAAAUAUUUACACUCUUACUUAGUGGCGUUUUUCAAUUUGAUUUCGAACGUUACGAUAAGAAGCAGAGAAUCGAUAGGUAUAUCGAACAUAGUGAAAAAACUCAUCAUAUUUUUUAUAUCCGAUAUCCCGAAACUGCCUAACGACAUACGAGAUACAUUAUUGGACGAGUUCACUAGAUUGACGUGCCACUUUUGUGAAGGUGGAGCGCUAGAAGAAACGCAGGUAGACGAGGAAGACCGCAACUUCUCGGACGCGUUCGACGGCAUGAUGGAGGCCUGGAUGACCAUCCUGCAGGAGUUCGGCCCCGCCGCUUCCGAUAGUAGCCUGUUCGAGUGCGCCAAGCGUGUCUUCGAGAAGUACGUGCAGAGCCGCUUGGCACCUCCUGAAGGGAGCAGGGGGCCCCAACGGGACCACGACCACGGUGGGGACGAGCCAGAGGAGAGCGAUAGGAAGCUGUACAGGGACCAGCUGCAGUCGAUUGGAUCGUUUGGGAGGGCGGUAUCGAAGACGUCCAUGCCUUUGAUGUUUAACCUACUGGAAUCACGUACCGCCACCCUAUACAACAGCUUCCAAGAGAUGCGCAGCCGCGCGUUGACAAUCAGCGAGGCAGCUGCUUUAGACUCGCUUUACGAAGAUCUGAACUGGCUAGUCCUCAUCGCUGGACACGUUUUGUGUUUUGAUGCCGAUGGUAAUGAAACUGUAAUGAUACCUAUGGAAAUGAUCAGGAUGUCAAGCAAUUCUUACAAUGCAGGGUGUACAGUGGAAGCCAGCUUACAGGCGCUACGAUUAGCUGAAAAUAGUACAACUAUGCCUGCCGAUUUCGAAAAAUGUGAUGCUAUCGUUAGGAUAUUUUUCGACAUAAUGAAACUGUGCUGUGUCGAAGAAUUUGCUAUUCGUUCAGGAAUGAAACAAUUUUUGAGUCCUGAACUAAGCUCAACAAUAAUGUGGUUCUUUAGAAGGUUUUGUGCCAACUAUUUAAUGCCAGUUGAACAUUACUACACCGAGCUGACUCCAACGAUUUUAGGGUGUUUAGGAGUAAACUCUGAAGGGGCCCGGCUAAUAAUUGGAUAUGUUUUGAAAAAAAUACAGACUAACCUUUAUUAUUUCCAAUCAGAACCGCAGGUGCUGCAAGACACAGUUGAUUGUUUUUGUGAUCUUGUGAACUGCAGGCAAAAGUCAAUUCAUAUAUACGACGCACCAGCUCUUAGAGAACUUUUGACUGUUUGUGAAAGCAUUGAACCAGGAGUUAUGCCUCAAAACGUACUUAGAGGCAUGUACAGAGGUUUCGCACUAUGCGCAGAAUGUCUGGCUAUGGAAGGUGAAACUCCAGAACCGUUACAAAUCUAUAUGGAAAGCGUCGUCGGAUCUUUGCAAAGAAAAUUCCACAGUAUUUGUACAGCGGAAGGUGGAUUGGCAUCUAAAACUGAGGACCAAAGCACACGGGCAGUCAUUGUAGACCUGUUGGAAGCAUUCAUUGGGCUCGCAAAAGGUUCCCAAAUAUUUACUUCAGAUAUCAUCUUUGACUUCCUAGCUCCGAUUCUCAACGAAAUGCCGAACUUCAUGUCUGCAUUCAAUAAUUAUCACGUCAUUGUUCAGCUCAUUCUAGAAUUGUUUGGUCAAGUAGCGAAAUAUACGUUAUGUUACCUACCACAUACGAAAAGUCAAAGAUUGUAUGAAUGUGCCUUGGCUACAGUACAAACUUACACGAAAUGCAACAUGAAUCGAUUCACCGUCGAAUCAUUCGCCGAAGAAACAACCUUUCAGGAUUUGGGACUCGUUCUCGAUGUUCUUACUUUCAUUCUUUCGAAGGAUUGCAUCGAUUUGUGUACAUCAAACGAUGAAGAAAUCACUGUUACGGCAGCUGAUGUCUCGCUCUUCGGUUUGAGCUUCAUUAUGCCUUUAAUGUCAAUGGAUCUCUUGAAAUACCCAAGUUUGUGUUUGCAGUAUUAUAGAUUGUUGGUGCUGGUAAACGACAUCUACCCCGAAAAAGUAUCCAGCCUACCUCAAGACUUGCUUCAAAGCCUGUUGAAGAGCAUCGAUAUCGGUCUAAUCAAUUUUGGUUCAGACAUCGUCCAAAUAUGUCUCGACUUCAUUCAAGGAAUGGCGUCGUACAUAUUCAGACACAAACUGGUCAACAGUCUGUUGUAUGCGGCUAUCAGGCCUUUUCUGAAAACUCUGAUCGAUCUAACUCUCUCUCGUCAAAUCAACUCGGAUCUGAUCACCUCUGCCAGUACCACGAUUUACACGUUGAUCUGCUGUUACCAAGAGGAUUAUCGUGCGUUAGUGGAAACCCUCUUGCAAAUGCAGUCGGACCCGAUGGUCAGGGAACGUCUAGCGGCAGCUUUCAACAACCUUGUGAUUGGCGUAGAGUGGAACUGCGAACGGUUGCCCAAACUAAAGUUCAGAGACAACUUCGAUAAGUUCAUAGCGAAUGUUCACGGGUUUUUGUUGGUUAAAUAGUACCGCUUUUUUUGCUUUUAUUGUGUGUGAAUGUUAAAGUAAAUAUUUUGCAAAGUUGUCGAAAAAUGGCAACAUCUGUUAAGACUGAAAUCAAACAAAAACCAUCCGUCGUUAUUUUUUCACAUUACGAUGGCCUCGUCACUUACUAUGGAGUGUCAUUCGAUCAGAAAAUGGAAUAUCUCGGAAUAUCCAGGGUGGUCGAAUUUUAAAUUUUCAUAUUUACAUUAACUUUAUGGGCUUUUUCUACUCUUAUUUUUUUAUUUUAGUUAGGUGUAUAGUUUAUUUUUUCCGAGUAGAACUCAUAGGAAUGAAAAAAAGCUCAUGUGUUUUUAUAUGUUUUAUUACGACUUCGUUACUGAGAUACAGGAUGUUGAGGGCUAUUUUUUCCUGUAAAUAUUUUUUUAUUCGUGAUACCGUUCUUGCGUGGUUUAGAUGAAACUAUGUGAGUAUGAAUUUCUUAUUUGUCCGUUUGCCAGCUUAACUAAGCACCCGAAUGGUUUCUUUAUAAGUUUAAUGAAGCAAUUAUCAAUCCCUAAAAAUUUUCCCACGUGUAUUCAAGUAUUUCCAAAGUUUAUAGCCGAAACAUUUAUUAAACGAUCAAACGCAGAAAUAAUCAGUCCCUAGAUCGUUCUGGAUUUAUUAAUUUACGUGACCUAGCAGACAAUAUACUUUGUCGUUGAUAUGCCGCAAUCAAAAUAUACAAAUUUCCAGUAAAAAGUCUGUGUUACACUUUCCCCAGUAAAAUGUUUUCUCACGGAUCUUGCUUUAUAUUUAAACAUAGUCAAAUGUGAGGUUUGUCAGGAAUGUACGUAUAAAAGUGGAAUAAUAACUUUAUUUUACAACUGUUCAGGUAUUUCAAUAUGGUUUCCUUCAAAGUACUCCCCCUGAGACAAAAUGCACUUCUGCCAACGCCGUUUCCACUGUUGAUAGGAUCGCUGAAAGUCUUCAAUUGUGAGGCUCUUCAUUUGCCGUAUCGUUUCUGCCUUGUUUCAGUCAAAAUCUGUGUUAAAUUGUUUUUCCAGGAAAAGGUUAUCUCAAGAAUCUUGAUUCUUAUUUAAAUAUAUUCAAAUACAUCAAUGUUUAAAUCAAAAUCUGUCAAAAAAGAAUGGAUUUUUUCCAGGAAAGAAACGUUUCUCAUAGAUUUUUCUUUCUUCCAAGUCCCAUUAAUGUCAAAUUUGGGGCGAUUUGUGCCUGUUCGCACGGAUUUUAUUAUUUGGUAGUUUUCUGAUUACUAACUUUGAAUUCAUGUACCUGCGAGCGAACGAAAACAGUUUUAUCUAAAUCACUUAAGUAAUUCAUGAGAAAUUAAAACAAUAUUUUUUGAACAAAUACUCCAGCACCUUGUAUCUUAGUAAAGAAAUCAUUAAGUACAUAGAUCAUAUGGAAUUUUUUAUCCAUUAUAGCGAAUUCUACCGGUCCGUAAGCUUUGCUGAUUAAAAUAAAAGACGUAAAUAAAGAAAAAACACAUCAUAGCCCAUGGAAUUAAUGUAUCGACUUUUCGAUACAUUCAAUGUUUGAAGUAUAUUUGGCCUCUCUAGUUACUACAAUCCAAAGCUACUUAAACUUCCGUAUAAACUUGGUUAAAUAACUUCACGGAAUAAAAAAUCUAAAAUCUUCAAAUUUUAAAAUGAUUUGAAAUUAUCCUUGUUUUAGUGUUUCAAGUAGUUUAUAUUUUCAGGGUUAUUUUUUAAAAGUUAUAUUAAUAAAAAUAUGAUCAAACUAUGGCAAAUAAGAGAAACAUAUCAAACGCAUUUUUAUUAAAAUAACUCUUAACCAAAAAGUAUACGCACAAGAAGAUAUAAGUAACUAGAAUUUAUGUGGACGUUUGUAUAUAUUCAUGGUUUUUAAAUUUUAAUAUUCACGUAUUUUCUAUGGCAUUCUCUACAGUACUUUGGAUAUUAAAAACUUCCCAUAUGGCUCGGCUUCCCCUGGGAAAAAACCUGUGCGCGUCCAAAGGGAAUGCAAUUGAAAAAAAAACAAUUAUUGAAGCAAGGCUCUCAUCACGGCUGAUUCGAUCUCUUCAGUCUGUCCUUGAGGAAGAGACUCCGUAUGGACCACACCUCUGUUAUCGAAAAAGUCAAUGAGCAUAAUUUUUACUUUUUGAAUGGGCCAUUCUUACCUUUUUGGGUUUGAGGGACUGUUUGGUGUGACACUCAGAGCGUUGGCAUUUUGUUUAUGGGUCAUAUUAAAAAGCCAGGUUUCAUCACGAGUGAUGACGUCCAAAAAAUGAGGUUCAAUUUCAACACGAGCUUGGUGCACACAUUCCACAUCCCUAAAUCAAUGCUAAAUACAACAGUAGACGACAAGUUCAGGUCAUUGGCUAGCAUGUUGAUACUCAUUCGGCGACCAGGGUUCAAAAAAUAUCGAACCCGAACCACAUUGGUUGCUGGUUGAAGGCCUCCACGGCGCUGUGCGUCGUGCACCUCUCUGAAGGCAAACUUGUGUCACGAAUUAUUUUGUUAGUAUCCUCAAGACUUCAUUUUCACAAAAACUGACGUCCUGCUACUUCAACAGCUUGGAGAGCACCGAGAUCGGUAACGAAGCAAAGUUUACCCCAAGUAGUUCGAUCGCGCUCCAACCAAUAGGAGCGGCGCGUGAAAUUCAAUUGCAUUUACUUUUGGAACGUACCUUGUAUUUAUUGUUUCUGUUAAUAACUUUGGGCAUCCAUUUUAUUAUCCUCCACUGAGCAUAUAACUCAUUAAGGGUAAUUAGCAUUAAAAAAUACGAAUUGCCCUUUUUGUCUUUAAUUAUGGAUAACCUGACCAAAAUGUUAUGGUUACUUUUAAUUUUCUCUUUAACAUUGAGUUGAUUAGAUUUUUAUCAUUUAUGAUAUUUACUAGAUUUUCGUGUGGUAGUUCAUAGUUACAAAAAUGUGUUUUUGAUAGAAAGGUUGUAAACUGUUUAAAAAAAUAUACUCAAUUUAAGUUCAUCAACCACGGCUAUCAUGAAAGUUCUUGUGUGCAGUGACACGAUAUAUCUUGGCUAUGUAUAAUUACAUAUUUUUAUAAACUGUGUUCAUAUCGAAUAUAACAGCAUUAAGUAAUCAACUCAACAAAUGAUUUUACCAAGAACUUUUCGCCUAAAAUAAUCUGCUACUUUUAACAUCAUAUACUAGAUAUUGCCAUUUUUGGAAUCUAAAUGUUAAUUAUGUUUGUAUUUAUGAACAGAUUAUUGAUUGUGUAUCGUUGUUUUAUAUAAAAUAUGGAAUAAAGUAUUUCUGACUAUAAA